GAUUCGUAUGGUAUUUUUUAAGAACUUAUUAGAGAUUUUAUAUAUAUAUAGAUAUAUAUAUAUAUAUAUGUAGUGUCUGUGUGUGUGUGUGUGAUCCUCCAUUGCUAAUAAAUGGAUGGACAGGCGAGCAGCGAUAGCAUGGUACUACAUUGUAAACUGUUUUAUAUAUAGUUAUCAAGCUCCUCUUUUAUGGAACCAGCUUCCAAUUUCAGUCCGGGAGGCAGACACAGUCACCUCGUUUAAGAGUAGACUUAAGACCUUCCUCUUUGACAGAGCUUAUAGUUAGGGCUGAAUCAGGUUUGCCCUGGUCCAGCCCCUUGAUAUGCUGCUAUAGGCUGAUAGCUGCCGGGGGACGUUUUAGGAUGCACUGAGUACCUAUCUCCUCUUUUUUCUCUCCUUAAGGAUGAAUUUUCAUCUCUCAAUCACACGUUACUAACUCUGCUUUCUCCCCGGAAGUCCUUUUGACUUUACGUCUCAUGGGGUCAUCGGACCCUAUGAGACGGCAUAGAUCCUAUCUGCCUGAUGGAUCGUCUGGGUCGUGGAAUUCCUGCUCAUGACUACGCCACUGUCCUGUUGAGACUCCGCCCACUCCUCCUCCCCACCGCCAUCUGCCUGAUGGAUCGUGGAGCACAGUGGCCUUCGUACUAAAGGUGUGGCACGAACCAGUCCGCCCACAUUUCUCAUGCGUCAUGCCGGUCUCUUGGCUUGGGCACAUUCCCAUGAGCACAGUUUCAUAUGUCAGAGCGUCAUGACACCAUAUGUCAAGUCAUGACAUCAUAUGUCAAGUCAUGACAUCAUUGUCCUUGAUGACUUCUUCUACAUGACUGAGCAGAGCACCCACCCACAGACCCACAGACCAACAGCCUUUAUAUUCUUCCACAGUUUGCUUAGUACAACAUUGUAAAACUGAAGUUAAGUCUUUAGGUUUAGUUAGUGAAUGUAUUCAUAUUGCAGGUGUAAGAUGUUAAUUACAACUAAUUAUAUUCAUGUCAUUUUAGGUGAAGAUGUCUAAAAAAAAGCAAAAGAAAAGCGGCGACACCAUCGCGGAGAAGACUACUGUUCCAAUAAAGGAGGAGCAUGGCGGCGACUCCACGAGGGAACAUUUACAUCAAUUCACGGUGAAGUUCCCUCCUGACAACAAAGAAUACACCAUGACCUGUGAUCAGCCUGGCACCGUGCUGAGGGCGCUGCAAUCAAGUGAUAGAUACAAGGAGCUCAUGUUUGAAGAUGAAAAGCUUGUGAUCCAGUUGGGUAAAGCGGAUGGGGAGAUUAUUAUUGCGACACAUUUCCCUUGUUGUUGUAUCAGUGAAGACGAAUCUCUCCUCAUAACAUGUGAAACAAAACCGGUUGAAGAGGCCCAACACCAACCAAACACAAUGGUGGAUUCAAGUGACGAGUGUUCUGUCUUCUACAUUGAUACAGUUGGGGGACUAAACACCAAAACAAAGCCGCUUUUCUUAAACAGCGCUCUCAAAAAGUUCAAGUACCUGUGUGUCUAUGGGGAGAAGGGGAUGACCGUGCAAGACGCUCUGCAAAGAGACGGUCGCUUCAUUGAUUUACUCGACAACUUCAAACUGUCUGAUAAUAAGAAUCCAGAACGUCUCACCGAAUGCUCUCAAAUAGUUGACAAGCUAAAUGGAAAAACGUUUAAGAUAUGUCUUCUAAAACGCAAACGGGACAAAACCAAGGGAGCAUCAGAUUCACACCGGAGGGACAAGAGUGACGCUCGUGUUCGUGCAUCAAAGAGUAACGGUGACACAACCGCUGUGCUGGCUGUACUGAAGCAGAGAGCAACCAGCGUCGCAGAAGUAUUGGCCAACAGAGACAACAGCGUCAACGUUGAUGAGGUUUAUGAAAAGCUGCGUAAUCAGUUCCCAGAUCUGAAAAAGCUGAUGGAUAGUAGAUUCCCCGGUGAUUCUUAUCAGAGAGCACUGGAGCUGAGGAAGGAAGACUUUGUGAAGAUCCAGAAGUCCUUCAGUGAAGUGCACAGAGUCAGGCAGCUGGUUAAACUCGGAGAAUCAGUUUGCAAAGUGGUUGUUAAAGGAUUUGGUGAGGGAACGGGUUUUGUGCUGUUUGACAACUUCAUCCUGACUAACGCACACCUUUUCAAAGAUUGUGUGGAAGAAGGAAGGCUGAAGAGCGAGACAAAGGUGUAUGCUCUAUUUAACUAUGAGGAGCCUGAGCCGCACAUAAAGUACAUCUGCUAUCCAGUGAAUGUAACCUUGUGUCGCUACGACCCGGAUGAGCUUGACUAUGCCAUACUUGAGAUCGAUCCUGAGGGCCAGGACCCAAUGCCAACUCAGCAGAUCAAGGUGCCACCAGGGCUCCUGAAGGUCUUUGGUCCAAUGCCGUCGGACGGGGAAGCCUGUAUUGUUGGUCACCCGGCAGGAAGUGUGAAACAAAUGGAUCCAACAAUUAUCAUUGAGAAAGAGCAGCGGCAGCAGGCUGUCGAUGAUCAACUAUCUCCAUACAAAGACACUCUUUUCACUCUUAUGUCAAUCACUCACGUUUUAGGAGAGAAAGGCAUCAACAAAGUAAUGAUGGGCGGAAAGCUAGUGGACAAAGUGGUGACGUACAACACGUUCAUGUACCACGGAGCUUCUGGCUCUCCGGUGUUUGACGCUCGUUGUCGAGUGUUUGGUUUGCACACCGCAGGAUUUGUUUUCUUUGAGUUCCCGACACAGAGUGUGUUAGAGUUAGCCCAACCUCUGCUGACCAUAUUUAAAGACUUUGUGAGGUGGCUGAAGGAACACAGAGAGGACGAUAUGUUGCAGAGAGUGAAGGAGGCAGCAGAGGAAAACUCAUACUUACAGGAAGUACUCAACGCAAUAGACACAGAAAGCCCGACUUUCAGAGACGAGCCAAUGGAAUAGGCGAUUUCCCCCGGUAGAGGCCCGGUAGAGGCCCGGUAGAGGCCCGUUUGAGUCUGUUUCCUGUCAUGUGAUGAGCACUCGAUUUUAGCCUUAAAUUUCUGGUGGGGCGAUUUUGUAUGACGUCAUGUUUUUCUUCUUCUUCUUAGUCACGGGGUACAGGUCUCGCGGUUUUUCCAUUAUUCCAGUCUAGUUGCCAGGCAGAUUUCGUGGGGCGGAUCUGAACGUUAACUUUGGCCUGUGUGUUGCGCUCAUUGGUGUUUCCAUGGUAACGGAGGGACAGCAGAGAGCAGCGUUUAACCAGCAAGAGUCGUGUUACUCCAAAACAAGACGAUAACGCUCGUGAGUCGAGUUCAUUCACGCAUAUUCACGCUACGUUGCAUAAAAAAAAAUAUAUAUAUAUAUAUUUUGCCGCGAAGUACGAAUGUUUUGAUCUUUCUGCACAACAUCCGGUGGCUCUGGUGGGGCAGUGCCCCCCCCCCCCCCCCCCCCCGGCCCCGAGUCGCUGUAACCAUGGUAACAUUAAAGCAUGGUGGGAGGAGCAACUCGCUGCUUUAGUUCCUUUCACAGAACGACUGUAUUUCAGCCGACUGCUGUUGUUUUCAUGUGGUUUGGUUGUUUGUGUUGGUUAGAAUUAGAUUGUUCUCAUAUUCUGUGUUCCCCAUGUGACCUUUAAAAGGAAACUUAAGGCAGCAAUAAUUGGAAAGGAAAUUAUAGUAGAUUAGGUUAUUAUUUUAGGUAUUGAAGGUAUUUAGGUUUUAUUAUUUUACUUUUAAUGUAAAUGUUGUUUUCUAAGUGUUUUUGUGAAAAUGUAUCAUGCUGUACUGCAUUUUAUGUAUUUGUAUUGUAUUGACAUGUUUUUUGCCUGGACCCCAGGAAGAAUAGUCUCCACUACGGUGUAGACUAAUGGGGAUCCUUAAUAAACUAAACUAAACUCAACAAAACCUUCAGCCUCCUGACGUAUUU